AUGCAAUUUCAGCGUGCUGCACGCGCAGUGCGGCCUUUGGGCGCUGCUCUUUCGCUGCAUGCGAUUUGUUGGGCGCCAAACUAUCGACAAGAAGGUGGAGUGCAGCGACGGUCUCGGCUGGAUGUCUCCUAUGGCCAAAAGAAUGAAGCUGUGAAAGCACAAGAGAUCACCUCUCCUCCUGUGGAAGUGCAGCUGGAGCGCUUAAUACGAACAGCAUGUCAGCGUGGUUUGGACGAGGACUUUGAGGUUGUCCGAAAGCUGAGAAUGUUGGAGGACGAUCUUUGGCAGCGUGGCAAGAUUCAUCGGGUUGUUCUCACUGGGGGUCCUUGCGGUGGUAAGAGUACAGUCAUGAGCGAUUUGAUCCAGAUGCUUUCGGACAAGAAUUUUUUGGUCUUCACCAUGCCGGAGAUAGCCACUGAAAUGUUCAACUGGUCCGGUGGACGAAUGUGGGACGACUUCAAAGAAGAAGGGCUUGCAGAUGAUGAGACAUGGGCCAAACUUCAGUUUGAAAUGACAAGUGUGCAAAUGCGCAUUGAAGAUAGCAUCGUGAUGAUGGCAAGGCAGUCCCUGGCAAAGAGAAGGAUGCUACCAGAGCCUCCUCGUGGAGCUGUCAUCCUCUUCGACCGUGGAGUUGUGGACAAUGUGGCCUACUGCACUGAGGAGGCUUGGUCCAUGGUGCAAGAGGAGCUUGGAACCACAACAGCAAGGUUGCGUGAUCGACGCUAUGACUAUGUCAUUCAUUUGGUCACAGCUGCCAAUGGUGCUGAGAAGUUCUACACUUUGCAGCAGGCAGAAGGCUACUUGGCUAAGGAACUAAAGAUGUGGAGAAGCGCAGAUGGCACAGAGAGUGCACGACAUGAAUCUCCAGAUCAAGCCCGAGACAUGGACAUGAAGACACAACAGGCGUGGAUGGGCGCCAAGAACCAUCACAUAGUCUCGAAUGCGGGUAAAGACUUUGCCCAGAAGCGGGAAGAGGUGAAAAACAUCAUUAGAAGGAUAAUCGGGGAUCGCGUCCAGGAAGAAAGGUCUGCACGGCUCGUCUGUGAAUUUAUAAGCUGCGACGACAUGAAACGCUUUCUCCGGGCGGACCCCCAGGUGGCAUACACAUCCUUCAGCGAGGUUCGAAGCACACUGUUGAGUGACAAGGCCGACAAGAGCAAGUAG